AUGUCUGUCGUUAAUAAAAAAAGAAGAAAAGAUAAAGAAAACACGAAUCCAAAUCAAAGAAAAAAUGAUUACAGAGAUCAAACUACCUUCUUGUCCUUCGGAGAAAUUACAUCUGAAUCACUGAAAAGAUGUUUAUCGAAUGAGGAUGUUGUCUCCAUCGAAAGUAAUGGAAACGAAAUUCGAAAAGAUUUAACAACAGAAGUGACCUCUUCCAUUGUUCAACUUGUACAGGAAAAGGAUAGAGAUGAUUUUGAUAUUAAUCAAGAAAUAGAAAAUUUAUAUUUUCAAGAAUUGUCAUCUUUCGAGAAUUCAAACAAUCCAGUUAUUGAGAGACUUAUCAGUAGUAAUAGCAGUAUCGCAAGAUACAGAAUUGUAUUUUUACCAGAAUGUAAUGUCAUUGAUCCGAUUAGAUCUUUGUAUACUGAUCAAGAAUGGUCAAUGAUGGAAUUAAAUUGGGAAAAAGUAGAGAAAAAAAUGGGGAAUUCUUUUCCCUCUUUUGUGGAAAAUCUGCAAUUACUUCUAGAGAAAUAUAAUAAAGCAAUUAUAGAUGCUACCGUAGGAUAUUACAUUGAUUUGAAUAAGGUUGAAACUACCGUUAGUCAAAGCCCGUUUUCGGAUCAACAUUUGUAUUUGUUUGCGAGGGACUGGCCUCUUAGAUGGAUGCAACAAUUAUAUACCGCCUUCUUAACAUGUUUUCAGACGCCUAUUAACCCUCUCAAUGAUGGUACGGCAUCUGAAGGCGAAAUAGAAAAUAUUGACAGAAAAAAGCAAUUAGAUUUAAACCGAAAUACAAAAAAAGGUAGAACAAAUUCUGGGAGCUGGUAUCACGAUGCUGUUUUAAUUAUGAAAGUUGGAAACAGAGAUGUUCAAAUCGCAUUUGGUGAAGUAAUUGGAAAUGCAUUUAAACAAGAUGAAAAAAAAUUAAAUGAGGAUCGUGAAAAAUUAUUAAAAGGUAAAAAUAUAAAAUUUCAAUUUUAUUUUGAAAAUCAUUAA